AUGGCUUCAGUUGAUGUAACAGCUUCUUCUUCUUCAUCAUCGUCAUCUUCUUCCACCAUUAAAGGAUCUUAUUACCCUUCCUGGACGACGGACUUCACUCCAUCAGACAUAGACACGACUUUGUUCUCUCACAUUUUCUAUGCUUUCCUCUCCCCGAGCAACAUCACCUUCAAGUUCGAGCUCCCGGAGCCGAUGGCAGCGGCCCUCUCGAACUUCACGACCACCCUCCGUUUCGCGAGCCCGCCGGUCAAGACCGUCCUCUCCAUAGGCGGUGCCGGAGACGCUCCAACCGCUCUCUUGGCCGAGGUAGCUUCGAGCCCUUCCUCACGAAAGGACUUCAUCAAUUCUUCAGUGGAGGUUGCAAGGAAGUUUGGGUUUGAUGGGCUUGACCUUGACUGGGAAUGGCCAAAAAACCCAAAGGAGAUGGAUGAUUUGGCCCACUUGUUGAGGGAAUGGAGGCUUGUGAUCACCGAGGAGGCCCGAGCCACCAAGCAGCCCCCGCUGUUGUUGACCGCGGCGGUGUACUUCGCCUCCGACUUCUUCCUCGAUCCGGUGUACCGCAUGUACCCGGUGGCGGACAUUAGGGAGAAUUUGGACUGGAUCAACGCCAUGUGCUACGAUUACCACGGGGCGUGGGACACCUCCGCCACGGGGGCCCAAGCUGCGUUCUUCGACCCAAAGAGCAAUCUGAGCUCGAUCCAUGGGCUCAACUCUUGGCUAUGGGCAGGGAUGCCCAGGAAGCAGAUAGUCAUGGGCUUGCCCCUUUACGCGAGGACUUGGGAGCUCAAGGACCCAAAUGUCACCGAGAUCGGCGCCCCCGCGGUGAAGCCCGGCCCUGGGGGCGGCCUGCUCACUUACUCCGAGGUGCAAGUGUUCAAUAGGAACAAUAGCGCCACCGUGGUAUACGACGCGGAGACGGUGUCGACCUACUCCUUUUCCGGGACAUCUUGGGUCGGGUACGACGACGUUGCCUCGGCGAUGGUGAAGAUUGGAUUGGCACAAGCCCUUGGGCUUCGGGGAUAUUUCUUCUGGGCCCUCAGUUUUGAAACCGAAUGGCAAAUAUCCUCCCAAGCAUCCCGAGCGUGGAUUCUUGAUGAUUGA